CCACUUGUCUUAUUUAUGGAAGCCUGUUUUGAAGCAAUGCGAACGAGCUUUUUUGAGCGACAGAGGACGCGCGUGCUCGCGUGCGUUCAAUAAAUAGAUCAAAUAAUAUUUCCAAAGUUAUUACCGAGGGGAUGUUGUUUUGCGUCACCAACGAACAAAUACAAACGGACUCGAGCAGUGAAAGAGAGAGAGAGAGAGAGAGCGAGGACAGAGCGCUCGCCUAGUUACCUCCUUUCGACCUCCUCAACUUUUAACCCCGGCGCGCGCAGCCGUCGCGCACAGAGAUGUCGACGGAAAAGCGCUGAUUAUUUACCGAGCAACUUGGAGUCUACGCGUAAAUUCGGCACCAGAUAUUUCACCGUAAACUCAAACGGGGAUAUGGCGAAUUUAGAGUUUGGAUCUCAGCAGUCAUGUUCCGGCGGAGAUUCCCCCGCGAUGGGAUUCGAGAAGGAGAAAGAUCAGGGUCGGUGUAAAACCGGGUCUCCGCCGCUCCAAACUCAUCUCUCCCAUCAGGGUAUGGAGGGAAUCAAAGUUUAUUUGCACGAGAGAGAUCUGUGGGCGAAAUUUCAUGAUGUCACUACCGAGAUGAUCAUCACCAAAGCUGGCCGACGAAUGUUUCCCAGCUACAAAGUGAAGGUAACAGGGUUAAACCCCAAAGCAAAAUAUAUCUUACUGAUGGACAUUAUUUCAGCCGACGAGCAUCGGUAUAAGUUUGCAGAUAACAAAUGGUCUAUCAGUGGUAAAGCUGAGCCAGCGAUUCCAGGCAGACUGUAUGUGCACCCAGACUCACCGGCUUCAGGAGCUCACUGGAUGAGACAGCUCGUCUCUUUUCAGAAGCUCAAACUCACCAACAACCACCUGGAUCCUUUCGGACAUAUCAUCUUAAAUUCCAUGCAUAAAUACCAGCCUCGCCUGCACAUUGUGAAGGCAGACGAGAGGAACAGCUUUGGCUCCAGCAACACAAGUUUCUGCACACACUCGUUUCCUGAGACGACCUUCAUUGCUGUAACGUCCUACCAGAACCACACAAUCACUCAGCUGAAGAUUGAGAAUAAUCCGUUUGCUAAAGGUUUCCGUGGAAAUGACGAUAUUGAAUUGCAUCGCAUGUCCCGUACACCAAGUAAAGAGUAUCCUCUUGUACCACGUAGUACUGCAAGGCAGCGUGCAGCUCCGCCCUCUCCUGACUCCUGUCUCCCUGGGUCAGAAUACACUGUGAACCAGAAGCCCAGUCCUGGCUACACCUGCUCCGACAUUUCAGGUGACCACACCCACACUGAAACCCCUCCCACUCAUGACCCCACCUACCACCUCUUCACCUACCAGCUCUCUCCGGAGGUGACCCCUGUGCACAGCACCCCCUGCGGUAUGGACACCGCACAGCACCAGCCUUGCAUGUACGGAAGCUCUCAGGUCAGCAUGGAGGACCUCAGGUGGGCAUCUUAUACAGACAGCACAACUUACCAAAGCUUUUCUUCAGCUAAAGAAAUGAGCGCGACUUUUGUUCCCCCCGCUGACCUCUCUCAGGAACUGUAUCCACAAUACACCUGUGAGGUGGGUGUCCAGUCACACUGCAUGAUGACUGAUUUCUCACUUUAUGCUUGUAAUCGAUCGUUUAGCCAAAACCACCAACCAAACAGCUGGUGUGGGGGGAGCUGAGCAAGUGUGCCUGAUGUGUGUGUAUGUGUGUGUGUGUGUGUUAAAGAGAGAGAGAAGAAAAGGAAUGAAAAAGAGUCUGUGAAUAACUGUGGUAAAAUACUCAAAAUUUUAUCCUGAAAUCACAAGAUUGCAUCUGUUUUGCUUCACAAUUUCUAGCUUCUUGUGAAUAAGGUCUAGCAAAUUAAAAUGACAAAAAAUUAUAAAAAAAAUAUUUAUUUAACCUUUUCAUAUUUACAUCUUGCUAGAGCUUUAAAACGACAAAUAAGAAUCAAAUUCAGCAUCAAAAUUAAUAUAAUUUGCAAUACAAUAUCUACAAUUCUCAUUUUGACAUAUUUGUAUGUAUUUUCUCAGCAUUUGUAUAAUUUUUGUAUAUACUUUUUACAAUAGCAUUUUAUAUUUGCUCAUGCCUUUGUCAUCUACAUAAAUAAAAUGAUUAUUAAUUAAUAAUAAAUUAAUAAAAUAAUAAUAAUAAUAAUUAAAAUAGAUUACAAAUACAUAUACAUGUAUACAUACAUAGUCACUAUGGAGCAAGUGGCAAAUAAUAGGAUUUCAGGAUAAAAAGUUGAGAUUUUCAUUUAAAAUAGACAGAAUUUCCUCUUAAACCCUGUAAUGAAUGUUUGCAUGUUCCAUAAGUCUCCAGUGAUGUGUGUGUGUGUGUGUGUGUGUGUGUGAGUGAGAAUUUCUGUACAUGUGUACCAAAUAUCUUCUAGUAAAUAUGCGUGAAUCUCUGUUACCAUUACUAAAGUUUUUUUCAUCAAGAUGAAACUACACCAGGAAUUUAAAAAAGGGGGAUUACGUUAAGGAGGUGGGCUGCUUCAUUGCGGCCAGUAUCUGUGAAAAUUCAUGAAGAACUAUUUUUUUUUACUAUUUCACUUAGGAAAUGCUAACACUAGCAAACCCAAAUGCAAGAAACUUCCUGAUUUAAAACUCUUAAACUUCCUGUCACACAAUGUCUAGCUUCAGGUUGGGGUCCUUUAUUUUGUUUAUUCUUACUCUAUUCUGAUGAGAAAAGGGAAUGCUGGGUACUGCACGUGUCACAGUCCGUUAAGGGAGCAGUGAUGUUACCAAUCCUGUCAUGGCCCAAGGCAAGAGAUACGGAGAGAGAGACAGAGAGGAGGGGAGGCAUCAGCUGGACAUUUAUUUAUAGACACACCAUGCAAUAAGAAUUUCAUGAGUGAAACGUAGUCAUUUUAAAGAAAACUUUUAAUGUUGUGAAAUUCAUGUUUCCAUUAUUUAUAAUGAUGAGCUAUUUAUUAAUUUUGAGUUCACAAUUUGUGUUUGCUGAUAUUUAUUUGUAAAGCGUUUUUAAAUAUAUUGAGCGGUUUGCUUUACCCUUGACAAAUGUAAAGUUUCUGUAUUUUGUGAAGGUGUUUUCUGAAACUUGUUUGAAUAUGAAGCUGAAAUAAAAUGUU